AGACAUAAACAUUGAAUAUUUUUAGGUUUAAAUAGAAUUAAUGGGUUAGAUCCUGCUCUAUUGAAGCAGCAAUGGAAAACAACAAGGAUGGUUAUGUUUUUGUUUGUUAUCACCAUCGGUAAUAAUACAGAAGAUGGAUAGGUAUGAGAAUCUUGGACUUGUCGGUGAGGGUUCUUAUGGCAUGGUCUUAAAAUGUCGACAUAAAGACAGCAAUCAAAUUGUAGCAAUAAAAAAGUUUAUUGAAUCAGAGGAUGAUAAAAUGGUCAAGAAGAUAGCCAUGAGAGAAAUUAGAAUGUUAAAGCAACUGCGGCAUGAGAAUCUGGUUAAUUUGCUGGAAGUUUUUCGUAGAAAAAAACGUCUCUAUCUGGUAUUUGAAUUUGUUGAUAGAACUGUAUUGGAUGACUUGGAAGCUCAACCAAAUGGACUAAAUGAUAAAAAUGUUAAAAGAAUAUCUUUUCAAGUAUUGAGGGGAUUGGAGUUUUGUCAUAGUCAUAAUAUCAUUCAUCGUGAUGUUAAACCGGAAAAUAUUUUGAUAUCAAAGUCAGGAAUUGUGAAGUUGUGUGAUUUUGGUUUUGCAAGGACUCUAGCAACCGGUCCUGGUGAAGUGUUUACAGAUUAUGUUGCAACAAGAUGGUAUCGAGCACCAGAACUGUUAGUUGGUGACUUAAACUAUGGAAAAGCUGUUGAUGUGUGGGCUGUUGGUUGUUUGCUUUUUGAAAUGAUUACUGCUGAUCCCUUAUUUCCUGGUGAUUCUGAUAUAGAUCAACUUUUCCAUAUUAUAAAAACUUUAGGAAAUUUAACUCAAAGGCAUUUAGAAAUCUUCCACAAAAACCCUCUAUUUACUGGUAUGCGUUUACCGACUGUUAAGAAUCCCGAACCCUUCACAAGAAAGUAUCCACGAAUUAAUAAAAAUGCAAGCGACCUUAUCAUAAAAUCUUUACAUCUUGAAGCUUCUUGUCGUCCGUCUUGUUUAGAAAUGAUGAAACAUGGUUUUUUCGCAGAAGGCGAUUUUGCUGUUAGUUUUAUAGAAACAUUGAAGGAGACUAUAGAAAAAGAAACAACUACUAACCCUCUGUUGAAAUCUCUCGCAGCGCGGAAGGAUAAAGCGAAUGAAGUAAAUGAAAAAAUAUCAAAAGAGAUUUCCACAAAGUUUAGUGAAACAAAAAGGAAAAAAGAAGUAAAGAACAUUGAGAAAUGUGAUUCAGUUUCAACUGUACCACAUUGUCCAAGUUUAGGCAGCAAAAAGUUUUUAAAUUCCCAACACAAUAGGAGGAAUUCUAAAGAUGACAAUAACAUCUCGCCUAUUCACUAUGAAAGGAGAAGAAAUAAUGAAACUAGCUGUGAUAAUCGAGUAGAUAAUCAACGCGAAAAUAGGACGUUCAAAGAUGACAAUCUCUUUAAUAAUAAUAAUGAUAAUGAUACGAAUAAUAAUAAUAAUAAAGAUAUAAAUGAAUUCAAAUCAACAGUUAUGUCGUCAUCAAGUAAAAGUUUCGAACACGAACGAGCUGAUGUGAAGGCUGGUCAACGUACUCCAAUGGAUGUGUCUGUAAAUACUCUGGGAAAGAAUCUACCAACUAUCAACCAGUCAAUGAAUGCAACCAGAGCACAUGGGUAUGACGUCAUCAAACAGAAGAAAGUCUACGCUAAAAAAUCGCACAGUAAACACGCGUUAAUAAACGAUGGACUGUGUGCUGUGGCUGAGAAAGUUCCUCUUCAUAUUGACAGAUGUAAAUCUAUUGACGAGUUUUCUUUAAAUGAAAAACUAAAAAGGAAGGAAAGCAAACGAGAUAUACCUGAUGGUGGUUUAACAAAGAGGUCUGGGCUCCAUUUACCUAGUGUGAAAGGUUUAGAUGCAAAUGGGGUAAAAGGAAGUCCAUCUCGUGCGAACAUUCGCAAACCACACCUUUCAACCAUCCCUCAUAUACAGAAUCUCGACCCGUUUUCAUCAAACAACCAAAAUGAGUCAGAGCCGCAAGUUGGUAACUCCCGUUUUUAUCGCGAUGGAAAUCUUCCUGCUGUUUGACUCGAUUAACCAACUGGAAUAUGACGUGAAGAAGAGAACGAGAUGUUAUCUUUUUAACUCUCUACUUUUAAAGUCACGUGUGCACCUUACAAAAUAAGUUUGGAUUUGUUCACGUACUAUCAAUCAGUGUGAGACGUUUGACUGUUCUUUCCAAAAAUAAAAUUUUCUUUCUUGUCAUGAAAGUUCUACAGCUUUAAAGUAUAGGCCAGUACUGUAGUUACUUGAAUAGGUAUCUUUUUUCCCUUGUUGUGAUAGAAAACAUGUGACUAGUGCUUAUACUUCUAAAUACCGUACGUACUAUCUUGGAGGGUGCUAUUUAGUUAAGAAAGUUUGCUGUUUUUUAGCAUGCAUAGUUUAGAUAAACGAAUUGCUUAUUUUUAAGAAUUUUAAUAAUAUUUGUAUAUAGAAAUAUAUGUAACAUUUUGUUAAUAGAUAAUAUUUGUAAAUAAAGUUUUUAGUUAACUUAUUUUUCGAAGAAUUCGAAGUAUGCUCUUGUA